CUACCACUUGUGUCCAUGGCCAUGCUGAAUAAUAUGUUCAUCAUUGUUUUUGAUACUUUUGAUUGAAAAAAACUUAAUUUAUUCUAGGCCAUGGACAUUUAUUAUUACAAGUAGAUAAUUAAAAUCCAGUAAUGUGAUUUAAAAAAAAAAGUCUUGCCUGCAUAUUUCCCUGGGGAAAUUGGAACCACCUGCCUACAACAAUGGAGACCCGCUCAAUAUACUCAGCCAUCAUUGUGAUGACUGUGGCAGUUUGCUAUUACAAGGCCCUUGAUUGUGGCUUCGUUUUUGACGACAUGUCAGCCAUUGUCGAAAACAAAGACCUUCGACCCAGGACUCCAGUGGCGAAUCUGUUCUGGAACGAUUUCUGGGGAACUCCUAUGAAAAUGGAGAAGAGUCACAAGUCAUACCGCCCUCUCUGUGUUCUGACGUUCCGCAUGAACUACGCAAUCAGUGAACUGGAACCGAUGUCCUACCAUCUGGUGAAUGUUGUUCUACAUGCCAUCGUCUGUCUGUUGUUCAUGAAAGUAUGUAAUUUGUUUCUGAAGGAGUUGACCAGUUUUUUAGCAGCAUUACUAUUUGCCGUCCAUCCUAUACACACCGAAGCCGUAACAGGUGUGGUUGGGAGAGCGGAGGCCUUGUCUUCCAUUUUCUUUUUGGCAGCACUGAUCACUUACUCCAAGUGCACCUCAUACCAUGGCAAAAUCCAGUGGCCUUCUUUGAUAGGAACUGUUGUUAUGGUUACCAUAGCAAUGUUGUGUAAAGAGCAGGGUAUAACAGUGAUAGGAGUGUGCUGUGUGUAUGAGGUCUUUAUUGCUCAAAGGGCAUCAUUCCAAGAGCUCUUGUCCAUCCUGCUGAGUUUUGUAAGAGGGAAGCCACACAUACCGCCCUGGUUGAAGAACUCCAUUGUACGUGCCAUAUUUCUAGUGGGAACCACUGUUUUCUUGUUGAUGGCCAGAAUCAAAGUGAUGGGGGCCCAACUUCCUGUGUUCACAAGAUAUGAUAACCCUGCUUCAAUGGAAAAUGCACCUGCCAGGCAGCUGACCUACAAUUAUCUGCUGCCAAUCAAUGCUUGGCUCCUCCUCUUUCCCUCAGGGCUGUGUUGUGAUUGGACAAUGGGAACAAUCCCAGUCAUCAGCUCAGUACUGGAUCCAAGGAAUCUUAUUACCGUUGGAUUCUAUGCCGUGUUAGGAAAAUUCAUUCAUUUCAUGCUGCAACAACAAGAUAAAAGAAACAGGGUUAUAAUCAUGAGCCUGUCUCUGAUGAUCCUGCCCUUUGUCCCAGCCUCUAACCUGUUCUUCCCCGUCGGGUUUGUGGUGGCUGAGAGGAUCCUGUACACCCCUAGCAUGGGCUUCUCCAUGUUGGUGGCCCUGGGAUUCCAGAUCUUACUGGACAACAAGCAGAACUUGAAGCCAUUACUAUGGGGCAUGCUGAGCCUACUUCUUCUUACUCAUAGUGUCAAAACUUUUGUCCGCAAUGGCGACUGGGAAUCAGAGUACAGCAUUUUCAGAUCAGCAUUAAAAGUUAACACCAAAAACGCCAAACUUUUCAACAACGUCGGCCACGCGCUGGAGAAGUUUGAAAAGUAUGCGGAUGCCUUGGAAUACUUCGAGAAAGCUGUCAGUGUGCAGCAUGAUGACAUAGGGGCCCACAUCAAUGUCGGCCGGACAUACAACAACCUGAACAUGUCAAAAGAGGCGGAGGCAGCCUACAGGAGAGCCCUCAGUUACUUCCCUCAAGUCCAGCCUGGUAAGAGCUACCAGGCCCGUAUUGCUCCGAAUCACCUGAACGUUUACCUGAACCUGGCAUCACUGGUCAGCAAGGACCCCAGCCGACUGAUGGAGGCAGAUAAAUACCUAAAGACAGCUGUCAGCAUGAGGCCAGACUAUGUCCAGGGCUACAUCAACAGAGGAGACAUACUGGUCAAACAGGGGCAGAAAGAGGAAGCAUUAAAAGUCUAUAAGACAGCACUACAGUACGAACCAGAUAAUGCUGAUGUCCUGUACAAUAUAGGGGUAGUGUUGUUAGAACUAGGGAGACCGGAAGAGGCCAGGAAAAGCUUUGAAGCAGCUCUAAAUAGUGAACCUGACCAUUCACAAUCCCUGUACAAUUCAGCCAUUAUGAUUCAAGAGUCAGGGGAACAGAAGAUGUGGCCAGAGGGUAUAAGGAGACUGAAGAAGCUGAUCAAGCGGGAGCCAGAAGAUGCCAAGUAUUACUUCACCCUGGGGAUGUUACAUAUGGACAUGCAGGACUAUAAGGAGGCUGAGAAGGACUUCAAAAACUGUAUCAAGUUUGAUCCUCUGUUUAGAAGUGCCCUCUUUAACCUUGCCCUGAUGUUAAACAACAACCUAAACAGACCCAUGGAUGCCCUUCCCUAUCUGGAAACUCUCAUCCAGAACUAUCCUGAGCACACGAAGGCUCUACUCCUAAUGGGGGACAUAAAUGUGAACGUCCUGAAAAAGCUCGAUGACGCGGAAAAGAACUUUGCUCGCGUGGUGGAGCUGGAACCAGACAACGUGCAGGCACACCACAAUCUGUGCGUGGUUCAUGUGGAGCGCGGUGACCUGAUCCGUGCAGAGAAAUGUCUCACCAAGGUCCACCAGAUGGCCCCCACAGAAAAGUACAUCAUUAACCAUCUGAACAUCGUCAGAACCAAGCUCAACCAGCUGAUUAAGAAGAGACAGGAGGAGAUGAAGAUGCAGAAAGAGGGUCAACCACCAAAAGGCAGAUAAUCCGAGAAGAAAUCUUCAAAUAUGGUCUGAAAAGCAUUAAAAAGAAAGAUGAAUGCUUAGAGAUUAGGUGAGAAAGAAGUGAGAAGGAGGACCAAGGGCAGAUAAGCCAUUAUUAAAAAAUUAUCAUUUUUUAAAAUAUUCUUAGAGACAGGCUUAAUGAACUGAUUAAGGAAUUAUGAAGUGAAAGCAAGAAUGAGGUCAACAAGGGGCAGAUAAGCCAUAGAGAAAGUACAUGGCUGAGAAGUCUAGAGAAUGUAGUGAAAGGAAUACAUAGAGAUGGCUUGUAGAGACUGGUGAUUGUUUCAUGGCAUUUGGUAAAUAAUGCUUCCAAUUUAAUUAUGAAUAUUUUGUUUCCAAGAUAGAGGCUUACAGCUGAACAUUAUUUGAUGCCAAGAUGAAAACGAGUGCGUUAACUUUUCAAUAUCCAAUCAAAAUGUAUUAGGUGCUGAGAAAAAGAUGUUUUGUUGACAUUUUUGAAGAUUAGCAUUAGUACAACUUGUACAUCCAUGAAUAUUGAUUAUUAUUUCGAUUUUUCAUUUUGUUUAUACAUUUGCCAAAUAAUGGCUGGUUUGUGCUCAAGUACAUUUGCAUAGGAAAGUAUAUUUCAUGUUUUGAAAUAACAAUUUUUUUCAAAUUCAAGAAAUGAGUUUAAUUUAUAUAGUUCAUGUUUAUGUAUAUACAGGAUUAUAUACAGUUUUUGUUUUUGAGUCUUUGCAGAGAGAUUAGAUAGUUUAUUUUAUUAUUAUACAUUAUACAUGUAUUCUUAUUUUUCCUUUUGUUUCAUUCAGAUUGCUAAAAGUUUAAUUUCUCUUUUAUGGUGAAAGAGGUUUCAAUUGGUAUUAUUUUAAGGGGUUCCAUUAUAGCCACUCUUGUGUUUUUCAUUGUUGUGAAUUGAUGCAUUUUAGAAGAGGUUAAAAAUUUCAAAGGAUGAUAAAUACAUGUAAAUGGCACUGGUUGUUCUCAAAUUGACAGUUUUUAACCGAGUUUUCCAACGGAAAAAUCGGGUUAUUAAAAUGGCGGGCGGGUGGGUGGGCAGGCGGCUGCCAAAAGGGUACCCUCAUUGUACGGAUAACUCCUUCUACAGUUUUCAAGAUAGGAAGUUGUUCUUUUGCAGAUCAAUUGUACAUAUAUCAGAGGUGUGCAUAUUGCUAGGAUUUUUCUGAUAAUUUAUGCAAAAUAUUGCAUACACAUGUAGGGUUCUCCAUUUCACUGUAUACGGGUUGACAUGGAUUAUGGAUACAGUUCACAUAAAUGACAACCCGUUUGCUGUCACAUUGACAGCUUUUCACUUUUUUCAGAAGUAAACUAAGAUGUGUCCCUUUGAUGAAAGUCAUUCCAUAAGUAAAAAAAAAAGUUCAAAAGGGUGAACAAAUGAAAAUCUGCUUCUUGAUUUUAUUAAGCAUUUGGGCAAUGUUGAAAAAAAUUGAAGUGCAGAACAUUUCCCAAAAAAAUUCAUUAAGAUGUAAUGAUUUUUUUUUCUCAAAAGAUUUUGGUAAAAAGGACAUUACUUUUAGAAAAUUUAGAUUAUUCUCAUUGAUAAUGUUAGCAUGAAGAUUAUUUUUAGAAAAAAUGUUGAUUAAGCAUCAAGUGUAUAGAUUAGCAUAGCAAGAAUGCUUCAAAUCUGGUUGCGUUGGAUGCUUGUAGAUUAUUUAUUGAUUUUCAGGCAGGUAUAUAGACAUGAUAUUUGUAGUUAAUGCUCAGAAAACCUUUUUGUUUCCUCAUCUUUACAUAAAUCUUAUUUCAUAUCAUAAUAAUCAUGAAUAGUGUUUUGUUUCCAGUACUCAUUUGAAUGGUUGUGAGAGAAUUUGAGAUUUGUUUAGUGCUUCUUUGUUUUGGGUUAUUUUUUGUUUAUUUAUUUUUUGGGCUUUAAGUUUUAUUACUAAUUUACUAUAUUAUUUAACCCUUUAAGGCAAUUUUUUUUAUCUUAUUUCAUCUAUUUUUUUUUUUUAAAAUGUUAAAAAAUUUUGGGAGAGGUUUAAUGGGACGUUAUGUGCUAAAUCUUUUAGAUAUAUACUAUAUUGAAGAAUGAUUACAGGUUUACUUGACUGUAGAGAGAGAGAGAGAGAGAGAGAGAGAGAGAGAGAGAGAGAGAGAGAGAGAGAGAGAGAGAGAGAGAGAGAGAGAUGGAGAUGUAUAGAGAUGUUUUGAAUGGUAUAAUUAGUGUACAUGUAGCAGUUUUGUAAGUGAAUAUAAAAGAUGAUUAAAAAUUUGUGAGUAAUACCCCACCCCCAAAAAUGGUCAGAAGAAUGAUUCAAGGAGAAAAUGCCAGCCAUUAAUAUUAUGUAUUCAUGAACUGAUGUUCUAGUUUCAAUUUAUAUCCAUUUCGUAUUUAUCUAGAAUUGAAAUGAUCAUUAUUUUGGCCCUGUUUUAUGAGUUUUGACUAUUCAGUCAGGUACAUGUAUUUACAAUUGAUUUUUAUUACAUAUAAUUUAAUUUGUACAUGCACAUCAUAAUGAAGUGAGCUGUUAUUUUUCUUUUAUAACAUGUACUUGUACAUGUAAUACAAUUUCAAUUAUACACAGGUUGUAUGCUCUUACUUUUGUUGAAGGUUGUGAACCAUAGCUUUCAUUACUGAAUAAUACUGUAGAAAUUUACAGAAUGAAGCUGCUCAAUUUAUUUUAGAGAAAAAAAAAAGAUAUUGCAUCUAUUAGACUACAUGUGUAUUAGGAUCAUCUCAUAUUUUGUAAAUGUAAAUGUAAUUUUUUAUUUGUUUUGAUGAUGGAAGUUUUAUCAAGACCAUGUACAUGUAAAAUUUACACCUUAUUAGGAUUAAUGUAGGUAUGCAGUGAUUGUUGGAUAGUGAAAGCUAGAUUAUAAUAAAAAUUAUUUUGUUGACA